AUGAAGUUCCUUUCGAUGACCGCUGGGCCUCUGCUGCUCGCCUUGGCCGUCAGCGCCGGUCGCGGCCGCCGUGGCAAUGACGACUCCAACGACGCGCCGUCCCCGACCCCGACGUCCUCGAGUGACUCCUCGAGUGACUCCUCGAGUGGUUCCUACGACGCCACGUCCGUCGGGACGACCGGUGAGUCAUCCCAGGCGGCGACAUCCUCCUCCCCCUCGACGGAUGCUGAGGUUUACCCGGAGCCGAUGAGUUACGGCAACGACGCGGAGAUUACCCCCGAGCCUAUUUCCUCCUCGUCCUCCGGCUCCGUCGAGCCGACGGACUACUACGUCGAAGCGACAGACGGAGGAGAGGAGACGAUCACGAUGGGCAGCGGAACGGAUGACGGGGGCGAGGAGGAAGGGGCGCCGAUGGAAAACCCUGAUGACGGGGCGUCCUGCUCCACCUACGAUGAGGAUGUGGAAGUCGCGAAACUCCUUGAUAGCACUUGUGAAUGGGACACCUACAUGUGCUGCUGGACCGGCAGCGACGGAGCGGACGGGAUGACCGCGAACUCCGACGUCUGCCGCGUACUGGACUACCCGGAAGAGGGAGACUCCUUCGAAAUGCCCCGCGAUUCGGAGGGCUCCGUGUACUGCCAUGGCUUCGCCUGGGUGGAAGGCGCGGACGUGGACACCCACAUCCUGCCCCUGUACCACUACGUGAAGAACGUCGGCCGUACCGAAGAGGGGGGCUUCUACGGAAACGUGGAGGGAGCGCCGGAAUGCGGGUGCAUCGAGGAAAUGCCCCAGGUGUCCUACUCCGAGUGCUCCAGGUACUCCUGGGAGGGGAUCGUUGGUUGCGGCAACAACGGGCUGUUAAGCCAGUACCGCGGUCGCCUGGGCGAGCCCUACGGCCCGAUGGACGACAACCUGGUGAGGACAUGCGACAACGAAGACGUUCCGGACUACGACUACGGGUCGUGCAGCCACAACACGUACAUGUGCUGCUGGACGGAAAACGACGGCGAGGGAAUGGCGGACAACACGGACGUGUGCCGUGUGGUGGACUACCCGUCGAUGGGUGAGACGUUGGAGUUCCCCGGCGACAGCGAGGGGGAGGUGCACUGCCACGGGUUCGUGUGGCCCGAGGACGCCACCGACAAGUACAUCCACCUCCUGUCGCAGUUCGUCCAGAACUUCGACCACAGGGACAGGAGGGGGUACUACGGAAAUAUCGAGGGCGCCCCCAUGUGCGGCUGCAUCGAAGAGAUGCCGGUGGUUUCCGAAGCUGACUGCACCACCUACGACACCGACCCGGAGCGAGAGGGCAAGUUCACGGCGUGCACGAAGAACGACCUCCGCACCCGCUACGAGGCAGAGUACCCUACCGGGGAGCUUGCCAACCUCGUUGACACCUGCGACAACGCGGAGUAA